AUGUGUAGGGUCCUGAGCAUCUUAUCAGCUCUUCUGAGCCGCUUCCUGUUUGCGGUGCAUGGUGUCAUGACGGUGUGGCGUGUGGUGGAGGUGACGGGUGAGGCUUCCUAUUGGCUGCUGGUGAUGGGUGUGGCACUGCUGGGGGUGGAGAUGGCCAUCACUGUCAAAUACACACGCAACGCAGAAUGGAGAUGGUUCUCACCUAUGGUUUUUCUGUAUCUGAGCACUGUGAUUCCCUCAGUCUGGUUCCUGGAGCUAAACCUCCUACAGUCCAAUCUACCCUUCAACUCAAGCACAAACUCUGACCCACAACUCCUCUCCCAGAUACCGCUAACAAUGGGCUUGGAGGAACUUGAUCCUGAGAACUGGACAAAGGCUCUAGAGCAGACUAUGCUGAUCAUUUUGGUUGUGGGCCGCUGGCUGAUGCCGAAAGGCGACAUGUCCCGUGACCAGCUAUCUCAGCUUCUCAUGGCUUAUGUGGGGCUUGGAGCUGAUAUCCUGGACAUCUUUGACACUUUUAAGGAGCCGCAAGUGAAGACAAAUCCAACUGUGAUCAUUGUUGGGCUAAGUUUGUUCUCCUGGGCCUUGAUGCAGUUUCCCGUUGUUCUCACCCAGACCAGUCAUCCUAAAAUCCAGGAGGAAGAUCAGUCAGAGACCAUGCCGUGUGGGGAAGCAGGCUGGACCGUUUCCUGCUGCUCCAGUGAAGUCUGGAGCCUUCUUCUAACCGUGGGUCUGCAGGAUGGACCGUUCCUGAUUUACCGUCUGUACCUCAUGAUACGUGAGAGUGUUCUGAACCAGCUGAUGAUCUUCUUCACAUGCAAGAACAUCCUCACUGUUUUGCUGGAGGUCUACAGGAUUUUUGUUGUUCACUUUGAGCAGAACAAUUCAAAGAGGAGAACACAGUCAGGUGACCCGCCUCAGAGACACUCAGAAUGGAUUGAAGAAGAGAAUGUAGAAGUCAGCUGUCAGGAAUAG